UUUUACUUUUAAAUACCAGUUCUUAGACCUUUUUUAAUCCACUAUUGAAAUUAUUAAAAUUGUGAAGAAAUUCGAAUGGAUUAAAUUCAUAAAUUAAAUAACUCCAACUUCAAUUAGAAUUAGGAAUAUUGUUCGGUAUUUAUCGGAAAAAAACUAGAAUAACAAAUAGAAAUUAUUGCCCUUGCAGAUGUAAAAAUGAUCUGUAAAUGAUUAUUAGGAUUGUUAGGAUAGUUAGAAAAAAACUGGAAUAACAAAUAGAAAUUGCAAAAAUGCAAAUCAGAUAUAAAUGAUUGCUAGGAUAGUAGAAGAACAUUUAGGGGAAGAUAUUCGAAAAUUAAAAAUAAGAAUACUCUCAGGCUUAGUUUUGGUAAAAUUAUUUGUCGUCGGUAUACUAUGGUUGAAGCCUCUUUUCCACCUUCUAAUGAUUUUAGUGGCCAUCGGAAUGUUAACCGAAUGGUAUAACAUGACACAUUCUUCUUCUUUGCAUUCAUUACUGGGACUAAUUAUUAUUCCCGUCCCCAUAAGUCUGCUGAUAUUGUUAAGUACAGACGAUACGAAAAACUGGCUGAUUAUGCUCUAUUUUGGAAUCAUUUGGUCCGCUGAUGGUUUUGCAAUGAUUGGCGGUAAAGUAUUUAAAGGAUUAAAACUUGCUCCAAAAAUCAGUCCUAGGAAAACUUGGAGCGGUCUCAUCAGUGGAGUAUUAGCCUCAAGUUUAGUUGCAGUAUUAAUUAGCUUAUCACCAAAUUUUCAAAUCGAAAGUUACUAUUUUUCAAACAAGGUUUAUUUGUUUUUGUUUGGUUGUGUAAUGGCUUUAAUCGGACAGUUGAGUGAUUUGUUCAUUUCAUAUUUCAAGCGGAAAUUUAAGGUUAAAGAUAGUGGUCACUUAAUACCGGGUCAUGGAGGAGUGUUGGAUAGGUUUGACAGUAUUAUUCUAACUGCUCCACUUUUGUUUCUUAUAAAUUUGUAUUUAUGAGUAUUUUCCGUUUUGAAACGAAAAAUCGAGUGUUGAACCCAAGUUUUUUAUAUGUAUAAAAAUUCGAAAGAAAAAUCUCUGAGACUGAAGAUUUGAUGCUAAUGAUGAACCGAAAAAUGGAAAAUUGUUGGAACUGUUGUAACUGUUGGAACUGUUGGAAAUGCUGCAAAUGACUAAUAAUACAAAAGUCUAAAUAAGCUUAAUGAGAAAAAAUUGUGGAAGCUGAGUGUUCAGUUGAGUUUAAAAGAAAAUUUUUCAAAGAGAAAUCACUAAAAAGAAAGAAAAUCACUAAAAAAAAAAAAUACGAAAUCCAGUAAAUUGUGGAAAAGAAAAAUUAUGAAGGCAAAAAUAUUUUGAGGUCAGCUGAGUUUAUUGUGGGGUUAAAGUCUUUUUUGAAAAGAGAAGAGAGUCCAAGCGGUUGAGAGCAGGUAUAACUUUGAACACGUGUCCCUCUUCACUAAUAGACCCGAGUGGCAUCUUAUCAAACAAGUGCAUUUUGCACGUACGAGACGAAAGAUCGGAAGGUUUGCUUGUUUAGCUCGUCUUCUUUAGUGACUAAAAAAGAGAAAAGGAACUUAUUCAGGAAGAGAAUCACGUGCACUCCGCGUCAUUUCGGUGGAAUUUCUUGACUAGUCAAAGUCAGAAAAAGAGGGAAAAAAAAAAAAAAAAAUAGAGCCACGUACAUCUGGAACCCACUCUCUUUUUCCGUUGAUUUGGGAUAAAAACCGGUUUUCGAACACAACAACUGCUUUUUCUUUCUUGAAAGAAUUAGAAUUAUCAGUGUUUUAGAAAUUCUGUAUAUAAUUUGAUAAAAUUAAUGCAUUCUGAAAAUACGUUUUUCUAAAUUUGGAUUUAUUAAGUUUUUUAAUAAAGGGCAAUAAUUUCAUUAGUUUUUGUUGGAUUUGAAUCAUAAGAUUUGGAAAAAUUCGUCCUCGAAAUUGUUAUUGGCUUUCAUUGAAAAGUAAAAUUAUACAACACUGUUAGUGAAUUUCCUUUGUAACCAGUUUUUCAUUUAGUUUGGAAAAUCGUUUACAUGCUACUAUAUUGGAAAUUCAUUUGCGAUUCAAUUUUUCACUUUGAAAAAAUUUAGCUACUUUUUCUAUUGAAUUUACAAAGUUUCAUGGGGUUGCCACAGGUCAGGGAAGUCAGGGAAAGUAGAAUUGGUCAGGGGAAUCGAGAAAAAUUCGGGGAUUUUUAUUAAAAGUAUAUUCAAGAAAAUUAAAUUUUUAGAAUUCAAACGAAAAUUAUGAAUUUUUGUGUCUUUCUCAUUUACCUAAAACUAUAAAAUUAUCACGAACUCUAAUACAAACCGUUCAGUUUUUUCUAUUUUCGACAACAAUUUCUUUUUGAAUAAUUCAAUUCUUGAAGAAGUAUCAUAAAAUUAUUAUU